GGUAUGGUCUUAGUAGGAAGGGAGUGUAAGAGCCUUUGGAACGUUAUCGGUGAGCCAUGUCGGAUGCACCAGCUCUUCCGCAGGGUCAACGCAUGCAGGAUGAAGAAGCAGAAAGAGUGCGAGUUCUCAUGGAAAAAUGCUAUGAUGAUGGCAUCUUCCCAGAGAACAUAGGAAGGGAGAUUGGUAGGGCCGAAUUGCAUGACGACUAUGGUCUUUUCAUUUUGGACGAUGAUAUCGAUGAUUUAAUUAUAGGUUGGUUGAAGGAGAGAACGGUUAUUGUCAUCUUCGAGGUCAAGGAUCAAACUCUAACCCUGUCUCACACGGAGCAACUGCUGCGUAUUUAUGAGGAUGGUUGGUACCGUGAUCCAGCAAUGAACCCGUCUGGAAAGCGUGGGAGAACUCACGGAGAAGGUCCAAACGUCAUGUCUUACGUGGCAAGGUCAACAAAAAUUGCCCAGUGGAUGACGUCACUUGGAACUGCGGAAAUUCCAUGUAGAGGUGGCAGUUUCAAGGUGCUUUUCAAGCCGUGGUUGACAAGAGCAGAGCUGGAUCGAAUGCGGAACGAGGAACAGGCUUCAGGUUUCUGUCUGAUAGCUCUCCGAGUGCCUUUGGUAGCGAUGUUCUCGUUGCAGAGAGCGGUGGGGCAGAAUUUUGGUCCCGUACUGAAGAUGCACCCUCCAGAUAAGAAAGAAGGAGAGCCCUCUUUGGGCAACGUGAAGAUUGACUGCGAACCAAAUGUUCGAGACUCCUAUAGAGACUGGCUAUAUGUACGCAGUAAGGAUGGGGAUGACCUGGAGAUCAGAAUUGCGACGCAGGAUUCUCCUUUCUGCAACAAAUGCCUUUGGUGGUUUCACACCGAAGACGAUCCGGACUUCCCGCGCUUCAAUGAAGAAAUGCCAGCAAACAGGCAAGGUGGGCGAGGGAGAGGAGGGAGGGGUGGAUGAGGUGGAAGAGGUAGAGGGAAUAAAGGAGGAGGGAGAGGUCAAGAUCCCUCGGGCUCUAACCAACC